CCGAUUCCCCUCUUUCUUUCCCCUUCCAUCCCGAUAUUGCUCCCUCUCUUUCUCCGGGGUCGUCUUCUCCGAUCUCCUCUCUGCUGCAUCUUCUCCAGUGUCUCUGCGUGGCUGCGCCCCAGCCCCCCCUCCCGAUUUGCCACCACGCCCCAUCCCGAUGCCACCCACCCCGGCGCCGUCGCGUGCCUCCCCAUCUUCACCAAACCCUGGCCUCCCGUAGCUCUCGCUCCUUCUCUACGCAGCUCUCUCUCUCCGACCAAGCCGGCGGCGGCGCAACCUCCCGCUCUACCAAGCACGCCGGGCGGCAGAUCGGGCCGCGCCCCGUCGAGCUGCGUCGCUGGCCUGCCCCGACGUCUCUGCUCCCGUCGUCCGAGUAGCGGCGGCGCAGUCGGCGCAGCGGCUGGCAGGGCGUGCUAGGCGGUGGAGCGAGCAACGCAGCUGCAGAGCCUACCGUCGAGCAGCCCGUCGGCCGUUUGGCGGGUGGGAAGGCUCCGAGCUGGUCGUCGGGGGAUGGGGAAUCCCGAUCGCUCUGCUGCUAGGCGGCAACAACAGCUAGCUCCGUACAGGCUAAAGUGUGACAAAGAACCACUCAACAACAAGCUUGGACCACCUGACUUCUAUCCUCAAACACCAAACUGUCCUGAAGAGACAUUGACCAAAGAAUAUGUACAGUCUGGGUAUAAGGAGACUGUUGAAGGAAUUGAGGAAGCAAGAGAGAUUGUUCUCAGUCAAAUCUCGCACUUCUGCAAGCCAGAUACUGUUGUAAGAUGCAAGGAGGCAUUAAAGAAGCGGUUGAGGGCUAUUAACGAAUCUCGUGCUCAGAAGAGAAAGGCUGGCCAAGUUUACGGAGUUCCUCUUUCUGGAUCCCUAUUGAUAAAACCUGGAGUUUAUCCAGAGCAGAGACAAUGUAAUGAGGACACCCGCAGAAAAUGGGCUGAGGCUCUUGCCCAGCCCAACAAGCGACUGCGUUUAUUAUCUGAGCAUGUUCCUCAUGGUUAUCGUAGGAAAACACUUUUUGAUGUUCUCACUCGAUGUAAUAUCCCAUUACUAAGGGCAACAUGGUUUGUUAAAGUUACAUACCUCAAUCAGCCACAGGUCCGACCAACAUCCAGCAGUAUUUCCACAGGUGCUUCUGAUAAUCAACGAUCUAACCAGUGGACAAAAGAUGUUGUUGAAUAUCUACACCAACUUUUGGAUGAAUUUUGUUUGAAAGAGGUACCUCCAUCUUUAAAGGAGCAGUCAUCACCAGGGCUUAUUUCUGGAGCAACUCAAGUAAAAAUAAAAAAUGAAGCACCCUCAGCUGGUGGAGACAACGAGGAGCCCUUGGUGCACUUCAAAUGGUGGUAUAUGGUUCGUCUUGUCCAAUGGCAUCUUACAGAAGAAUUGCUCGUUCCCUCGGUACUUACCGAAUGGCUAUAUUGCCAACUUCAGGAGAGAGAUUCAAUUGAGGCCUUAGAGCUUCUUUUGCCCAUUGUACUUGGUUUGGUUGAGACCAUCACUCUGUCACAAACAUAUGUGCGCAUGUUCGUGGAUAUUCUGGUUAGACGUCUGGGUGAUGCUUCUCUUGUUGAGAACACAAAAAGGUCAUCUAUUUGUUCUGUUAUAGCUCAGUUACUGCGAUACAUGGUACUUGCAGUGCCAGAUACAUUUGUUUCUUUGGAUUGCUUUCCUCUCCCUUCAUUUGUGGCCCCUGAUGUAUAUGGUAGAGGUGCUUUACUGAAGAUAACUGGUGGUGGUGAAAUUUCUAAUUCUAAGAGGCCGGAUGUAUACCGGUACCUGUCCUGCGGUUAUGCUGUUUGUUCAAUUCAGAGACGUGCAUCUGAUCUUGCGACUGUUGCCAAUCCUAACCUUCAAGCACGCGGUGCAGCGAAAGUCGUACAAGCUUUGGAUAAGGCUCUUGUCACAGGAAAUUUGACAAUGGCGUAUUGUUCACUCUUUAAUGAUUUGUCUGAUGCAUUAAUGGAAGAGAGGUGGAUGAAGGAAGUUAGCCCUUGCUUGCAGUCUUCUCUAAUGUGGAUCGGGACUGUCGAGUUAUCUCUAAUCUGUUCUGUGUUUUUCCUUUGUGAAUGGGCAACAUGUGAUUAUCGUGAUUGUCGUACAUCUCCCUGUCAGGAUGUUAAAUUUACAGGCAGAAGAGAUUUAUCUCAGAUACACAUGGCAGUUUCUAUAUUAAAAAGCAAAAUGAGUGAGUUGAAUAACUUGUCUCGUUCUAAGAGUAGCAGUCGCAUUGCAGUGAGUAAUAUAGGUAAAGGUUCUGUGCUCAAUGAUGCUUCUCUGGCGGCAACUACAGUGAAUGAUUCUUCUGGAUUGAGAAGUAACACAAAGAAUCUAGAGGAGAAGAAGGAACGGAAGGAUACCUUUGAAAGUCCUGGUCCACUGCAUGACAUUAUUGUGUGUUGGCUGGAUCAGCAUGAGGUUAGCAGUGCUGCUGGUUUGAAACGUGUGGAUGUUCUCAUCAUUGAGCUUAUUCGCAGUGGUGUGUUUUAUCCUCAAGCUUAUGUUAGGCAGCUAAUUAUCAGUGGACUAACCGAUAAGAGUGGUACUCUGCUGGACAUGGAUAGGAAAAGGAGGCACCACAGAAUUUUGAAGCAGCUCCCUGGGUCUUCUUUAUUUGAUAUUAUUGAUGAAGAUGUACUUGCUGAAGAGCAACAAUUGCAUGAGACGAUGUUUAUAUAUUCUAGUGAGCGCCGCCUUGUGCUUUCUGAACUUUCAAGUGGUCAGUCAUUUGAUGCAAAUAACAGGGGUGAAUAUACUUCAAGUUCCUGCUUUCGGAAGGAGAGUGAUCUUUCGGUUGCAUCAGGAGGUCCUAAUCAUGGCAGUUUGCCCGAACAAGUAGAAGACGUGAAAGUUCUGGUGUCGAGCCUAUUGUGCUUUAUAUAUCCUCAACCAGUGGAAUCAGAACAUUGUGAAAUCAAAAUGAACUUCCAAGGAUCGUCAACUUCGACACUCACACAAGUUGAUACUGGAGAAGCAAAAUAUGGCUGUGAAGACUGUAUGAGGGCCAAGGGACAAAAAUUGGACGAGAGAGCCUCUCCUUUCCAAGCGUUCCCAUUGAUUCAAUCAGAUGAGGAAGAUGUUUGGUGGGUGAAGAAAGGGUCGGAGCUACAUGAAUCUUUGAAGGCUGAACCUGCUAAGUCCAUUAAACAAACCUCUAGAGGUAGGGCGAAAGUGAUUCGCAAAACACAGAAUCUUGCGCAGCUUGCGACUGCUAGAAUUGAAGGCACUCAGGGGGAGGCAUCUACUAGUCAUCUUUGUGAGAGCAAGCUGAGCUGUCCCCACCAUAAAUCUAGCACUGGUGGUGACAAUGCCAAAGAUGCUGAUCACACGAGGAUCACAAAUCUGGCUGAAGUUGGGAAGUCAUUGAAGAAACUUAGAUUGCUUGAAAGGCGCUCUAUUUCUGUGUGGUUGUUGAAAUCAAUUAGACAACUUGUUGAAGGAAAUGAGAUGACAGCCUGCAAAGCUAGCAACUCCUUAAGCUCGUUUUCCUCUCAGCCUGAUGAAAAAACUGUGUCCAAAUGGAGGCUAGGAGACGAAGAACUAAUGUCAAUUCUGUAUAUAGUGGACACCUGCUGCGAUUUAGUCUCUGGUGCAAGGUUCCUUGUAUGGUUGCUAGCAAAAAUUCGUGGUGGAAUGGCUACCUUAGGUCAAAUUGGGAGAAGUGCUACACAUAUGAAAAACAGAGAAAACCAAAUUUGUCAGGUUGGUGAGGCACUUGUGUUCUCAUCCUUGCUCAGGUACGAGAACAUACUUCUUGCAACUGAUCUCUUGCCUGAAGUUCUAAAUGCUUCAAUGAACAGACAUUUUGUGUUAGCAACUGCAAGGCAUCCUGCAUCAGCAGGUUUUGCUUAUACGCGAUAUUUCUUGAAGAAAUACAGAGAUGUGGCUAGUGUGGUUAGGUGGGAGAAGAAUUUUAGGACCACGUGUGAUCAGCGACUGCUGGCUGAGCUUGAUAACGGGCGGUCAAUCGAUGGUGAUUUGGUUUCUUCUUCCGGGGUCUCAGCAGGUGAAGAGAUUGAUGAGCAGGUCCGUCAAAAAUUGAACGGAAGGGGUUCGAGGAUAGUUCCCAAUAUGAAGGAGAUAGUGCAGCGGCAAGCUGAGGAGAUUCAACGCAAUCUGAAGGACAAGAAAAUACCUGCAGUACCCAAGAGUCCCUCAUUUGAGAAGGAAGACAGUUAUCAGAUUGCACAUGACACUGUUUUGGGCUUAGUAGAGUGUAUCAGGCAAAAUGGGGGAGCAGGUCCAGAUGGAGACCCUUCAGCAGUUGCUUCUGCUGUUUCUGCAGUUGUUGUUAAUGCUGGGAAUGUCAUAGCUAAACAUUUGGAUUUUGCAGGGGGUAACUAUUAUGGUGUUCCUUCUAUUGGUAAUUCAUUAAGCUUUGUUCGGCACACUUUGCACAUCCACAUAAGUUCUCUUUGUUUACUGAAAGAAGCUCUUGGGGAUCGCUUCAGUCGUGUAUUUGAAGUAGCUCUGGCUGUUGAAGCUUCUUCAGCAGUUACAGCAGCCUUUGCUCCUCCUAAGAUCCAGCGCAAUCAGUUUCAACCUUCUCCUGAGGCCCAUGACGCCUAUGGAAAUCAUACAAAUGAACUUCUAAGUACUUCAGGGAAAGGCUUUGUUGGGAGAACUGCAAAAGUAGCUGCUGCUAUUUCUGCAGUUGUUGUGGGAGCUAUUGUUCAUGGAGCUGUUAGUCUUGAGCGUAUGAUUGCUGUCCUGAAAAUAAAAGAUGGUUUGGAUAUUCUGCAGCUUGUAAGAGGUUUGAGAACAAGCACAAAUGGUGUGUCCCGCUCUACUGGAACUUUUAAGAUGGAGAAUUCAGUAGAAGUUUUUGUUCAUUGGUUUAGGAUCCUAUUGGGGAACUGCAGAACUGUUUUCGAUGGGCUUAUUGCAGAUAUUCUUGGUGAGUCCUAUGUUCUUGCUCUCUCGAGGUUGCAGCAGAAGCUUCCUUUAACUGUGGUCUUUCCUCCAGCCUAUUCAAUUUUUGCAAUGGUCCGUUGGAGACAGUAUAUUUUCAGCCGUGAGGAUGCACAAGUUUACCAGUCUCUUGCAAACGCAAUAAACGACAUCACAAGGCAUCAACCUUUUCGAGAAAUUUGCUUUCGUAAUACCCAUCAGUUGUAUGAUCUUCUGGCUGCUGAUGUUGGUGAUUCAGAGUUUGCUGUAAUGCUUGAAAUGCAUUCCUCUGACAAGAAUUUGAAGCAGCUAUUUAUACCUCUCCGUGCCCGUCUUUUUUUGAAUGCUCUUAUUGAUUGUAAAACACCAGCGGUUAUUCAGGUGGAUGGUUCAGAACCAGGCGAGGCAAAGGAAAAUGAGUUAAAACUCAGGCUCAUACAACUACUUGAUACCCUCCAACCUGCAAAGUUCCAUUGGCAAUGGGUUGAGUUGAGGCUUCUUUUAGAUGAACAAGCUCUUGUAGCAAAAACAGAUUCAAGUGAAAAAGUUAAUAAGACAUCGACACCGAUACUGCCGUUACUUGUAGAAGCACUUCGGUCGCUGUCCCCUAAUUCGGAGAGUUUUGCCCUUUCUGAAAGUGAGAAAGGGUUUACUGAAAUUAUCUUGUCGAGAUUACUUGCCAGACCUGAUGCUGCUCCUCUCUACUCAGAAGUUGUCCACCUUCUUGGGAAGCUACAGGAAUCACUUGUUGUGGAUGUCAAAUGGAUCCUACAAGCACAAGAUGCCCUUCUGGGGCGCAAGUCCACAAGACAGCAGCUUGUUACUAUUGCUCAACGAACAGGAGUUUCAACAAAGACAAUGAUUUGGAAGCCAUGGGGAUGGUCCAGCUUGCUUAGUGAUGUAAUGGCUAACAGAACUGCAAAGAGAAAAUUGGAGGUCACUUCAAUUGAGGAAGGGGAAGUUGUGGAUGACUCUGCUGAUACUAAAAGGCCGAGCAAAAGUUCCUCCCAUAAUGUGGAUAGAAGCGUUGAGGCGACCAGAUCUAUUAAUAAAUAUAUAACUGAGAAAGCCUUUACGGAAUUAAUGUUGCCAUGCAUUGACAGAAGUUCUGCUGAAGUCCGUGGUAUAUUUGCUGGUGAAUUGGUCAAACAGAUGGGAGCUAUCAGUGAAAACAUCAAAGCAAUAGUACGAAAUGGUACCAAACAUGCUGGUUUAGUUCCUUCUGGAAAUGAAGUUUUAUCUAACAAAUCCAGUGGUCGUAAAGGAAUUCGAGGUGGAAGUCCAAAUAUUGGCAGGCGAGCCACAGUUGAUUCAACUCCUCCUUCAGCAUCUGCUCUACAGGCUGUAGUGUGGUUGCGCCUCCAAUUUAUCAUAAGGUUGCUUCCAGUAAUCAUGGCAGACAGGAGCAUGAGACAUACACUUGCCUCUGCAAUACAAUGCCUGCUCGGCGCACGCAUAAUUUAUGAAGAUUCAGAUUCUCCCCUUCCUCCUACCAGCUCAGUUUCUUUAAGGCGGGAAGUGGACUCUUUGCUGGAACCUCCCUUAGAUGUCCUGCUUGAUCGCCCAAGUGACAGUCUUUUCGAGAGGCUUUUAUGUGUUUACCAUGCACUACUUGGCAAUUUCAAACCAAGCUGGCUGAAGUCAAAGUCAGUUUCCAAGCCAAACGCGAGAGCUCCACGAGAAACCCCUGCAUUUGACAAUGAUGUGGCUGUGGGCUUGCAGUCUGCAUUGGAUCAUAUGGAGUUGCCUGGAACAAUCAGGCGAAGGAUCCAAGCUGCUAUGCCUAUACUCCCACCAUCUCGCCACCCUUGUAUACAAUGUCAACCUCCUCAGUUGUCCUUGGCUGCAUUAUCACCACUCCAGAGCAGUACAUCUACAGCAGGUCCUCAACAAAAAAAUGCUUCUCUCAGUUGGGUUCCCACCAAUCUCUCGAGCAGAAGCAAGGCCGGGUUGCCUUCCCAAGAUCCUGAGAUGGAGGUAGAUCCUUGGACCUUGCUCGAAGACGGCACGAGCUGCCCCUCCAUGUCGUCAGGAAGCAACGGCACAAGUGGCAUCUCCGGUGAUCAUGCCAAUCUAAAAGCUUGCAGCUGGCUCAAGGGCGCUGUCAGGGUGAGGAGGACAGAGCUGACCUACAUUGGGUCUCUGGAUGAUGACAGCUGAUGUACAGUAAUGUCGGUCGGCCAGCGAGGAUGGCCUAGUUUUGGACCAGAUGGAAGAAUUCUUUGGAAGGAAGAGGGGUGGUUCUGUACAACAGUGGGCCUUAUGGGGCGGCCUAGAUGUAGAAUACCAACUUUUGCCCCUGUUUUGUGCCUAAGGCCUCGCGGGUGCGACUCUGUACAUAAUGGGGACACUAAUCCGGUCCUCGAAACGAUGGCCCUGUGUUAGCUUAUAUUAUCCUUCAGAUUUAGGAAGAUGAUGAUGACGCACUUAGGUGAUUCGCUGAAUGGCUCAUAUAUGCUUUGAUCUAAUUGUAGUGCAAGUUGGCAUGCUGCUGCUGCUGUUCAGCUGAGGUGGUUUGGCCUGUUGAUAUAUUCUGUCUGGACUAAUUCUGCAACUGCCUGUAACUUUAGCAGCAUCUUUGAACAUUUGGCAGGUGGCCAGUUAAUAUUGCUCUUGACUUACCGUUUGGCA